AAUCCCAAACGGUAAACCUACCAAAAACUCCUAAACCAAUGGCUCUAUUACAUUUACUUGUAAAGUUUCAGUUUUUCGUCUUGUUACUGCGGCUGCAAUUAGCAUCUGCAGAACUUCCAAUCCCUGCUUCCCGAGAAACUAUCAAGCCUGAUUGCGAAGAAAAGUGCGGGGAUGUUAGCAUACCUUAUCCAUUUGGUAUCGGUGAAGGUUGUUUCUUAGACACAUGGUUCGAAAUUAAAUGCAACCGCAGUUUCAACCCCCCAAAAGCAGUGUAUGGUCGCGGCUUUGAUGUCUUAAAUAUAUCAAUACCCGAUGGUCAGAUGACGGUUGAAGUUUACAUAGCCAGCGAUUGUUCGGAUAAGAAUGUAAAAACCUAUGACGCGUCGGCAAGGUUAGGAAAAUUCAUCUUCUCUAAUACAAGAAACAAGUUUAUAGCUAUCGGUUGCAACACGCUGGCAUAUUUAGAACUAAAUCAGGGUGGUAUCGGUACGGGAUGUAUGUCAGUCUGCAAUUCUACAGAAGACACCACUAACGGGUCUUGCUCUGGUAUCGGUUGUUGUGAGGCCUCCAUCCCAGCCGGACUAAUGAAAUAUGCGGCCAAAGUCAAAAUCGUAGACAAACGUAAGAAUUUUGGUUUCAAUCCAUGUAGUUAUGCUUUUUUAACUGAGGCAAAUUCGUUUAGCUUCUCUUCAUCCUAUCUCAAGGAUUUCAAAAACAAUGGAUCUGGAACUGUUCCUGUGGUGGUUGAUUGGACCAUUGGUAAUGAUUCUUGCGAAGAAGCCGUAAAAAACUCGACCAGCUAUGCCUGCGGACCUAAUGCUGUAUGUAUACAAGGCAGUAGUACUACUGCUCCAGGUUAUCGUUGUAAUUGUACACAAGGCUACAAAGGGAAUCCAUACCUCAACAGUUUUACUGGUGGUUGCCAAGAUAUCGAUGAAUGCAAGAAUGACAAUCCUUGUACUGGAUUAGGUAAAAUCUGCAUAAAUACGAUGGGGAACUAUAACUGUCCUUGCAGUCAAGAGUAUCGAACGAUAUUCAGAAAUGAUGGCACCUUGGAAUAUGAUUGCUUUCCACUUGAUCAGAGUAAAUUUUACCAGAUUGUUAUUGGUGCCUGCAUAAGCUUUUCUUUUCUACUUGUGACUUGCUUCUGGUUGUACUGGGCGUAUAGGAAAAGAAAACACAUGAAACUAAAGGUGGAGCUCUAUAAACAAAAUGGUGGUUUGUUUUUGGAUCGACUUCUUAAGGAACGUGAAGAAGAUAUCGAGAGUAAUACAGCUACCAGCGGAGAAAGGAAUGGGCGGUCAACUGUCACAAUAUACAGAGAGAAAGACCUAAGCAAGGCGACUAACAACUACCACGAAAGUCAAAUUCUUGGACAAGGAGGGUUUGGCACGGUGUAUAAAGGAACCUUAUCAAAUGGUGAAGUGGUUGCUAUCAAGAAGACGAAAACAGUAGACAAGAAACAAAAUGAGCAAUUCAUAAAUGAAAUUGUUGUUCUGUCACAAAUCAAACAUAGAAAUGUGGUUCAGCUCUUGGGUUGUUGUCUUGAGAGCGACGUUCCUUUGCUAGUUUAUGAAUUUAUUACUAAUGGGACUCUUUUCGAACAUUUACAUGAAUAUGAGACCCGAGAAGGGUCUGCGGUUCUUACAUGGGAAGAUCGUUUAAGGAUAGCCGCAGAAGUUGCAGGAUCAUUAGCGUACUUGCAUGCUGAAGCUAUUAUACCCAUAAUUCACAGAGACGUCAAAUCCAGCAACAUACUUCUAGACAGUGAUUACAAAGCAAAAGUUGCGGAUUUCGGUGCUUCAAGGCUAAUUCCGACUGAUCAAGCUCAGUUAAGUACACUUGUUCAAGGCACUUUAGGAUAUUUAGAUCCUGACUACUAUCAAUCAGGGCUAUUAACGGAGAAAAGCGAUGUGUACAGCUUUGGCGUUCUUCUUGCAGAAUUAUUAACAGGUAGUAAAGCAGUAUUUUCACCAGAGAGAACCGACGAAAAUAAAAAUUUGUCAAGUUAUUUUCUUACUUCAAUUAAAGCCGGCAGGUUGUUUGCUAUUCUCGACAGUAGCUUGGUGAGGAAUGAUAAUGAACGGAUCAGUAGUGUACAUGGGAAUCAACAGAUCGAACAAAUGGCUGAACUAGCGCAAAAAUGCUUAAGAAUGAAGGGAGAAAAGAGACCUACUAUGAAAGAAGUAGCAAUGGUGCUACAUGGAUUGAUGCGGAUGACCUCCGCUGAUGUCUUGGACGAUGAGGAAGAUAUAGCAGAGAAUAGCAGAGAAGAAGUCAACGUGGUGUUGUUAAAAUCAGCAGAAUUGUUGUCUUACACGGAUAGCAUAACAACAAUUGGUGAUACCAGCAGAGGAAUAUUGGCCUUAGAAACUGAGGGACGUUAAUGUUUAUAUCCUUCACACUGAGUAGAAUUGAUUUUCUGUUUACUCAUAGGUCUACGCUAGAAUAAACCAUAUUUAGCAUAUCAACUCAGAGCUUUGAGUACGUUUCCCUUUCUGGCUAAUAGCUACUACUCAUCGUUAAUAAGGGAAGUAUGUUGUAAUUCUAGUAUAAAGUUACUGUAAACCCAAUGCACUAUCUGACGGUCCUUAGUGUAUUUGUACCGCCUUUGCAGCUUUCUUAGUGUAUUACAGGUGGCUCCCGAGUGUAAAUAAUUCACAAGCGUUUGAUUAUCUGUUUAAUUAGUGUUACGUCAAAUGUUUUUCUUACUCA